CCCAAAUUGGAAAUGGAAAUGGAAAUGGAAAUGGAAGUGGAAGAGACUCGGCUCGGUCAAAACGAAGAUGCAGAACAAAACGAAGAUGCUCUGAAGAAAAAUGAUGGUAAUGAAAACACCUCACCGGAGAUUAUGUUGGAAAAGGGUAACAAUUUUGUUGAAGAAAUUUCACCGAAUGAGAAGAACAAGGAAGAAAUUCCAUUGAUUACUCAAAUGGAAAUGGAAAUUGAAGUGAAAGAGACUCAGCUCGGUAAUGAAGAUGCAGAACAAGUUGCUGCUACUUCAAAGACAAAUGAUGGGAAUGAAAACACCCCAAUGGAGAUUAUGUUGGAAAAGAGUAACAAUUUUGUCGAAGAAAUCUCACUGAAUGAGAAGAACAAGGAAGAAGAAAUGGAAAUUGAAGUGAAAGAGACUCAGCUCGGUCAAAAUGAAGAUGCAGCUCCGAAGAAAAGUGAUGGUAAUGAGAACACCCAACUGGAAAUUAUGCUGGAAAAGGGUUACAAUUUUGUUGAAGAAAUUUCACUGAAUGAGAAGAAUAAGGAAGAAAUUCCAUUGAUUACUCAAGUCAGCGAUACAAAAGAAGAGAUUUCUGGAGAUACUAAUGAUAGUCAAAUUUCAACUGAAUCUAGUAAUAAGAAGAAGAUCAAGAGAAGAUGGACUUGCGAGGAGAAAAGGGAUCGGAAAAACUACUUUUCUAAUCAAGGCAAAGUAGUUUCUGAAACUUCGAAGUUCAUAAGGGAGGAAAAGAAGGUUAAAAUAAAUGGAACAAGUAAAAAAUGUUCAUCAAAUGGUGGUGCUGUUGUUAGAGUGAGAGAAGUGAUUACUCGUACUGAUAAGAAGCUUCUUGUUCUUGAUCUUAAUGGAUUGCUUGCUGACCUUUCUAACGACCUUGGGAGAAAAGCACGUACUAAGAGACCUUAUUGUGAUGAAUUUCUUAAAUUCUGCUUUGAAAGAUUUCAUGUGGGUGUUUGGUCUUCUAGAAAAAUGAGUAAUGUGAUUAAUGUAGUUAACUUUCUCAUGGGAGAUAUGAAAGAAAACCUUCUGUUUUGCUGGGAUGUAUCUCACUGUACAGAAACAGGUUUCAGAGUUCUAGGGGACUGGUAUAAGCCUUUAGUUCUAAAAGAGCUGAAGAAACUAUGGAAUAAGCAUGAACCAAAUCUUCCAUGGCAAAAGGGGGUUUUCAAUGAAUCAAACACAUUAUUGUUGGAUGAUUCCCCCUACAAAGCCCUAUGCAAUCCUCUGUACACUGCAAUCUUUCCAUCCUCAUAUACUCGAGAGGCUCCAAAUGACAACUCAUUAGGUCCAGGAGGAGAUCUGUGGGUCUAUCUAGAAGGUUUGGUUUUGGCUGGAAAUGUCCAGCAAUAUGUGGAGCAACACCCUUUUGGCCAGCCUGCUAUUACAAGCCGAAAUCCCAAAUGGGGUUUCUACCUAGAAGUUUUUAAUGCUGUUGUAAGAAAGAUGAGUCAGAUGGAGUUUUUAGAGUAUCUUUAGAGCAGAUUUGGGAGCAUUUUUGAAGGUCCUUUUAUAAUUUUAUAUAGGUCAACGUUACAUUAGGUUGAAAGGAAAAUGGUGCUUUGAGGAAGCUCUUGUGUUAGUUAAUGAGUCCCUACUACAGUUAAGUGGGCUUUGAAAAUAUUGUAUUAGACUUAGUAGUGGUAUUCCUCUCAAAAGCUACCAAAUAUAGUGUAGUGCCAUAUAUCCCUGUUGAUGGAUACACUUCUUUUCCACACAUGAUGCUUAACCACCACUCCAUAGAUAGAUCGAUUUCGACAGCCAGGUAUACACAUGCAACUCAAUUGUCCUACUUCUCCCUUCCCUUCAUAAUAUGUAUUUGUUCCGGAAGUGAAGUUGUUCAUGCUUUGGAUUCUUUGUUUUUUAA